AUGGCAAAAGCAUUUCCAAAAGAUAUAAUAAAGCUACCAUCGCACUAAGUUGGAUCCUCAUCUACAUGGUUCUUGUUUUAAAUAAGACCAUCAAACAAGCCUCCGAGCUAUUGGGUAUCAAUUACACUGCAGCCAAAAAUAUUUAUAGACAGUAUAAAAAAAUACACUUGCACCAAAAUCUACAGAGAAGAGCUGGAGUCUCCACCAGCGAAAACUACAACUGGAAAAAAUUCGAAGUCAAAGUUAUUUGCCAAAACACACAAACACACACCUACACACUCGACUCAUAUCUUCAAAAGUGAUUUACCGCUACCUAUUUUUAUUCCAAUUAAUUUUAUAAAAAUUGUUAUUUCUCACUGA